CCGAGAAACAUGCAAAUAUUUUCAAAAUUUUAAUAUUUUGUUACUCUUCGCCCUCUAAUCACCUCUCACAGUUUUCACCAUAAUUAUCUACUUGUUAAAUAAAUUGCAGAUUAUAAAUAGAUGAUUCGCUAUCUUGUGUGAUUGUGGUUGAGAGGUUUGAUUCUAUUGUGAUGCAAAGAAACGAAAUGACGUGAAAAACAAAAGGGAAAACAACUUGAGGAGUCACAGGAUCACUUUUGGUCCGUUCGAAUAAAUUUCUUUUUUGUUGAUGUGUGUGUGUUUAUAAAAUGUUAUUUGUAUAUGUGGCUCAUCACAUAAUUGGCUUUAUGUAACACGCAACUACUUACAGUGAAAAGUCUGAUUUUUUUUUUUUGGUAUUUACAAGUGCAUCAGAUUCAUGAUAUAAAAGAAAAUGUUAGAUCCAAACAAUGAAACCAUAUAUGCCGGCAACGGAACUGAUGGGUUAUCUGAAAGUCUUCACGAUAAUGUCAAUUAUGCCGGAGAAUUUGUCGAGGACAAUAACCUGGAAUCGAAUUUAAGACGUCGAAAGGGAAAAAUAAUUUCUUGCGCUAAAGAAACUAUUGAACAUGCUUCCAGACAAUUACGGCGCAGAGUACCAUAUGCGGGUCACUUAAUGACUCCCAAACGGCUGUGGCUGAAUAAAAUACCUACAUUAUGUGAUGUUGUUAUAGAAUUUCCUGAGCAUGCACCAGACGAAGCGUUAAGAUGGUUGCUGUCCAGAAUCAGAUCUCAACCACCGGCUGGAUUGGGUCUGCAGGCUAAUGUCAAAGCUCAUGAAAGUUCGAAACGAACCGCCUUUUAUAUUAGUUCACCGUGUAACGUACUAUACAAAGCAGCAGAAGAAGCUCGGCUUCCCAAGAGAUUGCGAGCGGAUUUGGGUGGAGCUUUAAAAGAGUUCACAACACGAGAGAGUCAUUGUUUUGCUCAAGCGAAGGACGACGGAUCCGGAGCAUUGUUUACUUCACAAGAACGACAGUGGUUGGUGCUACAGGUGCUUCAAGGCCUGAGAGCUGGUCCAUCCGAUCUGGAAGCGUUGCAGGGAAAAGCUAGCGUUGAAGAAGGACAAAGUAUAGUGUCUGCAUUCCAAGCGUGUGGAUUAAUAUGCCAAAUAUUCCCAUUGCAUGAAACAUCUGCAUUGACACGAUUACAGAUAAAUUGGGUCCGAAAAUUGUUCGCUGCACAGCCCUUAGAUGAUAUUGCCGAAUAUUUUGGGGUUAAGGUGGCACUGUAUUUUGCCUGGUUAGGUCAUUACACUUGCGCAUUAGGUGUUCCGGCUAUAUUUGGAAUAAUAAUGUGGGCUGGAUUAUAUGGACGAGCAUGGAGAAGAUAUUCCGUCGAAUUGGCCUUUCGAUGGGGCACUCUGUCCACACCACCGGAAUUGUUGGAGCCACCGAGACCGCUGUAUAAGGGAACAUUGAUUGAAAAUCCAGUAACUGGACGAUUAGAACCGAAGGAAUCUCCGUCAUGGCAAAGACGUGCUUUUCGGUAUUUGGUUAGCUUUCCCGUCAUCGGAAUGUGUUUAGCAAUGGUUUUUUGUGUUAUGUUUCUAAUGUUAAGACUGCAGGAUUGGCUAGAUCACCAUAUUCCAGACUGGGGCGUUUGGAAGUGCAUGUGCAUGGCUAAUCAGGACUGGACGGAUUCUAAGCUGCCUGAACAGGGAAUACUAAGUUGUUUUAGUGUUGUGCCCAAAGUACUUCUGGCUGGAGCAAUUACUUUAAUGGAUGAGGGUUAUUUCAAAUUGGCUGUGUGGUUGAAUGACAAAGAAAAUUACCGACUGCAAUCGAAGUACGAGAACCAUUUGAUCGCAAAAGUUACAAUAUUUCAAUUCGUCAAUUCAUUUCUUUCGUUAUUUUACAUCGCCUUCUAUUUGAGAGAUCAAGAUAAACUGAAGGAGCAACUUGCUGGUCUAUUGAUAUCACGGCAAAUUAUUGGCAACCUGAGAGAGUCUGCCUUUCCAUACUUUAUGGAACAAUUGAAAUUGGCAAAAUUGAGUUUUAAUCUAUGGGGUGCAUUGAGUCCCACCCAAGAAGUUGCCAAAUCGAUUCCGGGCGAUGCGCAGACGACACAGGUAUUACAGUUGGAAAAAUUGAAAGAAAAAUUGUUUCGAAGAAUUUUGAUUUCUCCUCAGAAAAUUCCGGACGAAAAGAAAGAAUCGCCUGGAACGCCGAAAAGAAGCAUUGGACAAGCGGAAAUCGAAAGCUCUCUGUACAAAUACGAUGGAACGUUUUCCGAUCACCUCGAGAUGUUGGUUCAAAUGGGUUACGUGGUUUUAUUUUCGGCUGCAUUCCCUUUGGCUGGCUUAUGUGCUUUAGCUAAUAAUUUGUUAGAAAUUCGAUCCGAUGCAUUUAAAUUGGCGCACGUUCAUCAGCGCCCAUUCGGUCAACGAGUCGCUAAUAUCGGAACAUGGCAGAAUGCAUUAGGUCUACUAGGACUCGCUGCAGUCAUUGUUAAUUGUGCACUAAUUGGAUUGUCUGGGCAAGUGACAAGACUAUGGCCAGGUCUAACAACGACCCAAACGAUAAUUCUAAUUGUCACGCUUGAGCACAUAAUGCUGGGCCUGAGAUCUGCUCUGAAAUACGUUCUACCCGAAUUACCAUCGUGGCUGGCUGCAGAAAUAUGCCGAGCUGAACAUAUUCGCCGCGAAAUGCAAUGCCGAGGCACAACACCGCGACAGACACCACCGUCACCAACAUCAACGGCAUCAACGUCCCAGCCGGAUGUACAUUCUCCGAACAAUAUUAUCGAUACGAAUGACCAUUCGCUGGAGAGUCAGGUUGCCGACGAUAUUAUAUUCCAUCACAUUGCACCGAUUAGUCCAAAGUUUAAGAAAUUCAGUGAUUUGGGAAGGAAUUUACAGGAUAGCGUAGAUGCGGAUGAUUCUCCCCCUCCAAUCAACAUUGGAACGUCCAUGAAUAAUUUGCCAUUGGAAAUUCCACCAUAUUCCAGCGCAUGCCAUAAUUGCAAGCCGAACGUGAAAUCUCAAUUUGAAAUUCCUCCGUUUCGUGGAAGUUGCGUUAAAAAUAUGCACGCUUGUUCAGCGGGCGGCUCCUCUAGUUCGUCCUUGCGUGUCAGCUCGCCCCCAAUGCUCAUACCGGAGAUUCCACCGUUUAAAAAGGCCCAACAAAAACCAAUAGUUAAUCCGUCGCCACCGAAAAUACCUGAAAUACCGGCAUUUAAACAGCGAAAAUCCAAAGAUUGGGAACCCAAUCAAAUGGCUGCUUCAGAUGAAAAUCAACUACAGCUUCCGGCAGCGACGGCGAAUCCUGAAUGGGUCAGACGACUAAAGGGCGCAGAUUCAUCUGUGAUGCAUCGUAGUGUUGAUUGCAUAGCUAACAAACAGGAACUGACUAUCCCAACACCCGAUCCCGAAUUGUUAAAGGGAGCACCGUCAUGGACAAAUGUUGCUUAUAAUAAGGAUCCAGUACAGAGCCCGAGCGGAGCACCGACAUUGAAAAUUAGUGGUGAAGAGGACGACAAAGCUGCUGAACUGGCAGCCAAAAAAUCUCGAGUCAAACAAAGCCUUAUAAAGAGAGCCCGAUCCGUAGCAAUAUUUUCCUUAAAACUAAAAGAAAGAAGAGCACGAGAAGCCGAAAAGCAAUCGCUGGCCGCUUUGGAACAAGCGAAGGCGAAUGCACCGACUCAAACUGGCGGUGAACUGGACAUGAUUGGCAUAGAACAAUUAAUUCAAAUUGACGAUGUAAUUCAUCCGUCGACGGGCUCAGGUACUUUGUAAACUUAAGAUGUACGGUGAGAUGCGGCCGUACAAUUUUAAAAGUCGGAAAAUAUCAAAACAUUUUAAAAUGAAAAAUGAGAAAAUGAAACUGAGGAAAUAUUAACUUCAUCGGAAUGGAUGGUUAAUGUGCGACAU